AUGAAGUUAGGCACGCGCCCCCCUCCAAUCCCCGCCGCCCGCCGCUCGCCGGAAAAAUCCAUCGACAUGGAUGAGUAUUGGAGAAUGAGGAUGGGAAUGCCCAAAAUGCCGCCGCCGCCGCCAUCAGGGUACCCACCGGACCACGUCCCCGGCCGAUCCACGGCGGCCGACGCCUCCCACCGCCGGAAAAACCCCAUCUCCGACGAGCCCCUAAACCCCGAGGACUUCGACGACGUCUUCGGCGGGCCCCCUCGCACGGUCCUCUCCGGCCGAUUCGCCACCGCAUGCCAGAGAUCGCUGUCGUCCUCGUCCUCCUCCGGCGGCUUCAUUUACGAGGAGAUCUUCCGGCAGGCCGAGAGGGCGCCGCCGCCGCCGGAUGGCAGGACCGGACGGAUUUUGCCGGAGUUUAGGAUCCCGGGUCAGAAGGGUAGCGAUUUCUACAGUGAUAUCUUUGGGUGGGAAGAUCAUGAGAGGGUGGUGAGGUCAAGGUCACGGUCGAAGGCAAGCUCAUCGUCGGUACUGAGCUCGGAGGAGCUCAGCCCUCUCCAGCCGGCGGCCGCCGUCGACGGCCACGAUGAUGUUUCGUAUUUCGCCUCGAAACUCAGCCGAAGAAACACAUCUCCCGAGACAAUCAGCCUUAAUCCCGUAUCGAACGAUAGCUUUCCAGAUGAUUUUGAGCUCAACUCACUAUCUUCGGCAGUUUCUUCUGUUAGUCAAUCUUCAGACGAGAAGCUAAAAAUGGAGGAUGGAUUUUUGGGGUACGAUGAGGAGGAUGAAGAUGAUGAUGACGACAUGAGCGCAUAUGUUAUCGAGAUUAAUACCGAAAAUCGAGGUGGAAGAAGUACAUAUGAAUCGAAUGGUGUAGAUGAGGCGAUUGCUUGGGCCAAAGAGAAAUUUCAGACGCAAUGCGAGAUGAAAAAUCCAGCCCAGGAAAACUUUAACGGUCAUCAGGAGUCUGAUCAGGGGCAUGCGGAUAGUUUUGGACCAUUAUUGGACGGGCAGCGCGAUGAGUGGGGUCCUUGGAAAGAUAAAGAACAGUUAGAGUCCAAGGUGCAAAAUGAAAUGCAAAUACUCGACGAGCAAUUACGAAUGUGGUCUGCUAACAAUCGAGCAAAUAUCAGACUUCUUCUAUCUUCUUUACAUCAGAUUCUAUGGCCCGAGAGUGGUUGGUUUGCAGUAUCUCUUUCAGACUUAACCGAGAUCUCACAAGUGAAGAAAGCGUAUCAGAAAGCUCGUUUGUGCUUACACCCUGAUAAGUUGCAACAAAGGGGAGCCACGAUACAGCAGAAAUACAUUGCCGAUAAAGCUUUUUCACUUCUUCAGGAAGCUUGGGAGGCAUUUGUUACACAAAGGGUCUCUUGA